CUCCCCGAAACAGCCUAUGCACUUCGCCCGUCAGGCAGCAUCGAAUUUUUCCAUAAGCGCUGGGGUUGAACAAGGCAGACCGACGCCUUAUGAACCGCCAACCGGGGCGGACCAUAGACAACUCACAGAACGCGGCUCUUCGUCGUACAUAAGUCACCUCUUUGAACUGCCCGAUGCUUUGAGGGAUCGUCUUCCUAACUUCACUUUCGCUCAAGACUUCGGAACUUGUUUCGUAUUUUUGCCUCACAUACACUCAGCGCCAAUUCAGGGCAAAAGUUCCACUAGUACUCCUCAUGAAACCAGCCAUCAUGGAGCCCUUCAUAGGCUCUGAAAUCCCACAACGCCAAACCCAACUCUUCAAACCGCCUUUGAAGAAGAGACCGUUUGUCAACCCAGAAACCCAACAAGAUCAAUCGGAUAGCUUGGACGUCGCACAUGUUCAAUCCCAUUCUCCUCAACAAUCUUCGGAACGAAAACCCACUGUCAAUGCAGCAGUCCAACGAGACCAAGUCGCGCUGCCCACCAAGCCAGAAAAGACUCGAGAAGUUCUCGGGAAUGUGCAACACAGAGAAGGCGGAACGCCAAGACCUCAUCCUCCCCCGAGCCGGCAACCACCCAUUGAUUCGUCCAUGAAGAUUCGAUACAGAAAAAGGAGAGGGAUAUCCAAAAAGCAAUUGGGUAACAACGAAGAUAGCGACUCGGACUCGGACUCGGACUCAGGCCGCCAUGUCGACAAUGAGGCCUCUACCGCAGCUUUACGGAAGCAAAAUGUCGAGGAUACAGCUAUGCACGACGAAAACCUAGCAGAUCGCGAGGCAAUGGAACGAGAAAACCAGGCGAGGAUGGAGCUUUUUCAAGUGUUGAAGAAUGUUGGUGCCAAAUGGGAUGACGUGAGCCAUAUCCGCAGGAGCCACCGGAAGAACGGAGAAUUCAGAAGAGAGCAGCUCCUGCGUCGACACUGGAAGGAGAGAGACGACGCACAUGCACAGUUGAUGCGUUCGAACGCGGCAGAUCCCCAGGCUCUGCAAGAGUUUCACAAUUAUUACGACAAUACGACUCGACUGAACAACCUCCACGAACAAAUCAAGGAAUGGAACUACAAACGGCAAGACUGCCUCGACGGUGCACUCUACGGUGCUAUUGAAGAAAGACUUCGUGAGCACGGUCCGGAAACGAAGCCGACCAAGACAUUGGAGGAGAUCCUUCUUCAUGUCGAGUCAGAUCUUAUCGAAUCUUUCGGGGCCUUCGAUCGCCCUUGGCGUGCUUGGGGUCUUCAGCCCUACCAGAGAACCAAACCCGAUCCUCCCCUCCAUGAUAUGUCUUCUAAAAGACAGUUUCUCAAUCGGGACGUAGUCCCACACGAGCGCCUUGCUAAAAUCCUUGGCGAGAUGUACCUGGAAUGGUGGGUUGAGUUGGCCAGCGACCCCAGUGUACCUCAAGUCAACCUGCGAGAGACCAUCACUGCUCGUCUAAACAUCAAUUACCAAUCUCAGAGACGUUCGGACCAACUUUCGCAGAUACGGAGUUUCUUCGUCAUGCCAUACAUCAGCAGGAUCGGUGCCGGUAUGUCCCGUGCAUUGGAAGAUGCUUUGGCAACAGGAACCGAUCCCAGAGCCGUAAGGCAUGACUUUCCGGACCACGUAGACGUCAUUCAGCGUGUCAAAACAUCGCGUACGAAGUGGGGAUCAAGCCUCUCAGACCAGUACAUGGACUGGAUGACCUCCAGCUUCUGUGCUGAAUACCUCGAAGAGAUCUGCAAGAGCUGGGAAGUAGUUCUCAGGAAGGAAACGUGCUAUACAUACCGGAAGACCAUGGCAUCGAUAGUCGACAUUCGACAAGAGUUCUGUCCUGGUAUACGAAAGCGCGGAAUUGUUUCUCUGGUUCUCUUGAAAGGAGGUUAUCCUGCGUCCAUCAAGGACGUGUCUGCAACAGAACUACAGAGUAUGGGCUGGUUUGAAGAUGUAAAUGGGGCGUACUGGCGGUACGAGUACGAAAGUGCCUAUUCGAGAGGCACAAAGGCAGGAGAGAAGGCCAUAUAUCGCGUUACUAUGGAAGGGGAAGUUUUGGGUAUGCUUUCGCCGAACGGCAACUUGAUCGGCUGGGAGGACCGUAAUGAAGUGCGAGAAGACGUGGUUCUGAGGGGCUGGCUCAGUAAUCAUUACGCAACCUGAUGGCUUCUUCAUAAUGUUGGACGGACUGUAGAGGAAUACGACGUCGAUAGGAGCCAAUUUCGAGUUGUCA